AUGGCUGCCAGUGCUUCGCCAAUUGUCAAGAAGGAAGGUGUAGGAACAGAAUCUCCCAUGAUAGGUGAUAAAGUGACAGUCCACUAUACUGGUUGGCUUCUGGACAGCACACAGUUUGACUCAAGCCGGGACAGAAAGGACAAGUUCUCGUUUGAUUUUGGAAAAGGCGAAGUGAUCAAGGCAUGGGACAUCGCUGUGGGGACGAUGACCGUUGGGGAGCUUUGCCGGAUUACUUGCAAACCAGAAUAUGCCUAUGGCUCUGCUGGCAGCCCUCCCAAGAUACCUCCCAAUGCCACACUGAUCUUUGAGAUAGAGCUCUUUGACUUCAAGGGGAAAGAUCUAACUGAGGAUGAAGAUGGUGGAAUAAUCCAAAGAAUCCGGAAGAAGGGGGAAGGCUAUUCCAAACCAAACGAGGGAGCCUUGGUAGAGAUUGAGAUAGAAGGUCGGCAUGGAGACAGAGUAUUUGACAAGCGGGAGCUGCGAUUUGAAGUGGGAGAGGCAGAAAACUACGACCUUCCCCCUGGCCUGGACAAAGCACUGCAGAACAUGGAGAAGUUAGAAGAGUCUGUGGUAUAUCUCAAGUCCAGCUAUGGUUUUGGAAGUGCUGGAAAGGAGAAGUUUCAGGUCCCACCGGAUGCCGAGCUACAGUAUGAUAUUAAACUGAAAAGCUUUGAAAAGGCUAAGGAAUCCUGGGAGAUGAACACUAAUGAGAAGCUGGAACAAGGCUCCAUUGCAAAGGAAAAGGGCACCCACUAUUUCAAGGAGGGGAAGUACAAACGGGCAACGUUACAGUAUAAGAAGAUUGUGUUGUGGCUGGAACAUGAAUCGGGCCUCUCUGGUGCAGAAGAGGAAAAGGCCAGGAGCUUGAGGCUUGCUGCCCACCUUAAUUUGGCUAUGUGUCACCUGAAGCUGAAGGAGUAUUCCCAGGCCUUGGAGAACUGCAACAAGUUCAGUGCCACGAGAGCUUUAACCUAUCCAGGACUAAUCAUUGGGGAAGUCUUGUCUUUCUCAGGAGACGAGAACCCUGACCCUCCGGUGGAACCCUCACCACCUCAGCAAGUGGGUGAUGAUCUCCCAAAUUCUCUGUCAGAGGAUCUAAAAUUCUAUGGGGAUUUCAUCAAGCAGAUGGCCAUCACGCUGUCCCUGUUUACUGUACAACCCCCACCGACAGUAACAGACUCUGUGUUUGAUAUCGUGCAGAUGGACACUUUGACAGCAAUCGCCUUAGCGAUUACUUCGGUUUUGCUCCAGGCGGGCAAGGUUCCGUGGUCUCAUCCGGCUUCCACCCCUGUCUCUAGCCGG